CAAAAUAAGGACAUAUGACCCUCUGGAUCAGCUGUGUUGAUUAGAAAACUCUAAAGGGGGGAGAGAGACAGAGAAAACCCAGGAAAAGAAAUCAACCUCUUGUGCACCGGUCAGCAAUUCCCCCAAUGGAAAAUCAGGGGGGGAUGCUGAACGUUUGAAAUCCAGAAUUUGACACUGGCAAAAGGCCUCUCCCUGAAGUGGCAGGAAUGGAGUCCCUGGGAGGCCCAAAUGAGACCACAUUGUCACCUCCAAACACGUUAAAUUUUAGUAACGGGGCGCAUCAUAAGCGGAAGACCCUCGUGGCCCCAGAAAUCAACAUUUCUCUGGACCAGAGUGAAGGCUCGCUUUUGUCCGACGAUUUCUUGGACACACCAGAUGAUCUGGACAUAAAUGUGGAUGACAUAGAAACUCCGGAUGAGACAGACUCCCUCGAGUUUCUGGGAAAUGGCAACGAACUGGAAUGGGAAGAUGACACUCCCGUGGCCACAGCCAAAAACAUGCCCGGAGACAGUGCAGACUUGUUUGGGGAUGGAGCCGCGGAAGACGGCAGUGCCACCAACGGCCGCUUGUGGAGGACGGUUAUCAUCGGCGAACAGGAACACCGCAUCGACCUGCAGAUGAUCAAGCCGUACAUGAGAGUCGUGACGCACGGAGGCUAUUAUGGAGAAGGCCUCAACGCCAUCAUCGUCUUCGCAGCCUGCUAUCUGCCCGACAGCAACCUGCCCGAUUACCAUUACAUCAUGGAGAAUCUCUUCUUGUAUGUGAUCAGUAGCCUUGAGCUCCUGGUGGCCGAGGACUAUAUGAUUGUGUACUUGAACGGUGCUACGCCACGCCGAAGGAUGCCCGGGAUUGGCUGGCUGAAAAAAUGCUACCAGAUGAUUGACAGGAGAUUACGGAAGAAUCUGAAAGCUCUGAUAAUUGUUCACCCUUCUUGGUUCAUCCGGACUGUGCUGGCUAUCUCACGGCCGUUUAUCAGUGUGAAGUUUAUCAGUAAGAUCCAGUACGUCCACACGUUGGAUGAGCUAGAACACAUCAUCCCCAUGGAACACGUCCAGAUUCCCGUUUGCAUCCUACAGUUUGAAGAAGAGAGAAACAGAGCCAGAAAGGAAAGGGCAGAAGAAAAACAGGACAUGGCUGAGAGAGAGAGCAGGCCUGUUCUGCCAGCCGAGGAUCAGGAAACAAGCAUGUCAUGAAUAAAGGGGCGUGGUCUGAAGGUGGGCUCGGUUUAUUAUCCACUGUAAAAUGACCUUCCCAGUGUUAAGAAUUCAUGACCAUCUCAUUCUUAAUAAGAUCCAGAAAAGCCUGCCUCCCCCAUUUCAAAGAUAUCGUCAGUUAAAGAGAAAGAACAAGAAAAGGCCAGAAGACAUUCAGCGGAACACAGUCGGCAGAUAAACAGCACUUUCUAAGGGACGGUUCUGAGCUCUGAAAGUUUUGCAUCUGUUGCAGAGAUUCUGUGUUACGCAGACCUGCCAAAA